AUGGACGAGCCAGCGUGCAAGAAGUUAAAAGUCGAUUCCGUGCCUUGCUCAGAUUUUGAAUCUGGGGAUGGAUUGGAUGGACUCAGUGAACUUGAAAAGUUAGAACCGUUGCCACAGUCGGCACACAUUGGUGGUGAUAUACCAACCACAUCACAGUCAACUAUGACUGCUCCUAUGGCACCGGCCGGAUAUGGCCAAGCCGGUGGAGGACAAGGGGGCGGACAACAGUCACAAGGUGGCGGUCAACAACAAUCUGUUUUACAGGAGCUAUUAAUGACUCAAACGCAAGGUCCUGCUGCAAACAAUUCUCCACGACCUGCAUUUUCUGGAGCACCUACGGCGAACAAUUUCAAUACUAGGAGUCCAAUGACUGGUGCCACAAUGAUGUCUCCUCCAAAUGCUAACAUGGCAGGAGCAGGGCGAGGGGCGGGCGGCCCUGGACCCUCUCCUGGAGGACCACCAGGUGGCCCACCUGGAGGUCCUAUGCGUGCCCCAGGGCAAGGGCCUCCUGUGAUGUACGACGGAAUGCAGAUGCCUCAGCAACCACAAUAUGGCCAACCGAUGAUGACGGGUGGACCUCAAGGCCAAAUGCGUGGUUACCCAGGCCAGUAUGCACCACAGGGUGCUCCAAAUCAAAUACCAUAUCCUGGACAGGGUCGAGGGCAAGCCAUUCCCAGAGGCGGUAUGAUGAAUGGAGCCCAUAUGCAACGACCACCACAGAUGGCACCUCCUGGUCGACCAGGGAUGCCGCAGAUGAUGCCAGGUAUGAUGCGACAUCCAGGAAUGAUGGAGCAACCUUUUAAUCCGAAUGCACCUUUUCAAGGUCAACGGCCAGAGCAGUUCAUGGGUGGACCGCCACCGCAGGGUUUCAUGAACCGACAACCUUAUCCUGGAAUGAUGCCUGGACAUCCUGGUCCACCACAAGGACCGCCGAUGAUGAUGAUGGACCCAUCACAAUCGAAUGGUCCACAUCAGAUGAGUAACCGUCCUGCUGGUGCAACUGCUCCAUCGCAGCCACCUCAGGGUAUGAUGCAAAUGCCAAAUGGAGGACCACCUUCUAGUCAGCAACAACACCCACAUUCGAUGCAAGGCGCACCAGUGUCACAACCGCCUCAAAGGACCGGAGGCACACCAUUGACGCCUGGUACCCAAGAUCCUGAGAAGCGAAAACUUAUUCAGCAACAACUUGUUCUGCUUUUGCAUGCACACAAAUGUCAACAACGGGAAAGAAAUCCUGCCGAAGCUGCCAACGGACGAACACCGUGCAAUCUACCGCACUGCAGUACAAUGAAAGAGGUUCUACAGCAUAUGACAAUUUGUCAUAAUGGACGACAAUGCACCUAUGCACAUUGUGCUUCAUCACGGCAAAUCAUAGCCCACUGGAAGAAUUGUAAUCGAGACGAUUGUCCCGUAUGUAAACCGUUGAAGAGUAUCCAAAAUCAACCUUCCGCCGCUGGAACACUGCAAGACAUGAGUCAGCUUCUUGGUCCCGGGUCAGUCGGAGCGCCAGGAUCAGCUGGAGGCGGGAGCAUUGGAGCAGAUCCAAUGGCACAGUUUGGCUCGCCUGCACCGGCCUCCAGUGCCGGAGCAGCGGCGGCGGCAGCAGCUGCAGGUAGCUCAGCACCACCAAGUGGCACUGGUGUCUCCGGUCCUCCUAGCGGCCCAAUGUCAGCUGCAGGAUUACUGAACGACUACAAUCCUCCUAUGAAGAAUGGCAUCAGCACGUCACUCGUGAUCUUCGUAAUCCAACCUCGUGGCAAGUUGGUGAAGGCAAUAUUCCCGUCACCGGAUCCAAACGCGAUACACGACCCAACGAAUUCGUGA